CGUCAUGACGCAGCUUGCAUCCUUGUUCCCAUUUGUGUUGUUAAAAAGAAACUAUACAGCGAUAUGAGCCAUAGGAUUAUAUUAACUGAUUUGAACCAUCUUUUAGAUGCAAUAUUACCAUAACUCCAUCAAAACAUCAUAGCAAGUAAGGUUACAGAAUGAGAGACCUACCUCCCGAGCUCCUGAUACAGAUCUUUCAGUACCUGAAUGCAGUUGAUCUGUGCAAUGCAGGUGCCGUGUGUAAGUACUGGAGUUCUAUCAGCACAUCUGAGCCUCUUUGGAGGAGACUGUGUGGCACACUUGAAAUGAAGUCGGAUCUCAUUCAGAAUGACCGGGCACUUGGGUACUCUUGGAAGGAAGUAUAUAUGAUGAACCAUGGCAGUCAGGGUACAAGGCGACAGUGGUUAAGAGGCUGUCAUAGCAACUUCACUUCCUACCAACAACUGCCUAAACAGAUCAUGUGUACCAUGGAUGUGGAGGGAUGGGGGCAAAUCUUUGAAAUGGAAUUAGAGAGAUAAUUUUCUGAAAUUAGACCAUUGUAGUGUUGUUCUGAAGUGUUUGAAGUGCUGACUUUAGUUUUCAUUGCAGAAUUUUAGUUUUAGGUUGAAUCUUGUAUGUUGUAUUCUGUAUUUUGUUUCUGAAAUUAUGUUUUUGAAAACAUAGAUGACAAGAUCAUUUGUUUGUUAUUUAUAUUUCCUAAUGUCAAAAAGUCAUUUUAUGUUAUGAGAAACAUCUCUUAAGAUCCUCAAUUUUAUUGUGAAUGUAAAAUAUGUAUUGGUACCUAUAUAUACAUAUCAAUGUUGUUGUACAUGUCAUGUAUUCUUAAAGCAGAUUUUAAUAUAUAAUUUAAGUAUCAUCAUUAUUACAGGAGUUAUGUUUAUAAAAAUAAUCUAGUCAGGAAUGUGAGUGAUAAUGUAUGUGAUCACGAUGUUUGUCCAUGAGAAAGAUUAUUUGAUAUAUUAGGGAGGGGGGUAAGUGUAUCCAUGUGAGUAAUAAUGUGUGCCUAUGUUAGUAACAAUGUGUGCCUAUGUGAGUAACAAUGUGUGCCUAUGUGAGUGACAAGGUAUGUUGAUGAGAAUUGGUGUACCUAUGUGAGUAACAAUGUGUACCUAUGUGAGUGACAAGGUAUGUUAAUGAGAAUUGGUGUACCUAUGUGAGUAACAAUGUGUACAUAU